AUUUGUUAACUUAUAUAUAGACAACUCCCUCGUCAAUGACCAUCAUCAACCUUCAUCUAAUAAGUAAAAGUCUUCCUGCUUUUGCACCUCUUCCUGCCACAAUGAAUACAUUAGCAAAUCAAAUUAAAAAACAGAGGAUCAAUUCACCAUCAAAAACUCAUUUCUUCAAACUCAACGACACCGUUUCGGUUUGUACCUUCAUUUUCUUACUCUCAUCUGCAGUAUUCCUCUGUUUUUGCACUCGCAAUCUAUCCAAUUUCGCCGAUUACACCGACAGACAUUACAUCUUCCUUCUCUGCAACGGAAUCCUUGCUAUCCUUAUCAUGAACUUCCACUCGACCGAUGUUUCUUCAUUGAAAGAGGAUCAUUUAGUGGUCGCAUAUGAAAUCAAGCAUCAACCUCUGAUACUGACACCAACAAUCGAACAAGUAUCCGUCUCGGAAGAACAAGAUGAAGAAUAUGAUGAUGAAAUUGAGCGAAAUGGGAAUCGGGUUUGUGUGACUUGUUACCAUGAUGAUGUUUCAAUUGUUGAAGAUGGUCUUGUUGUUGUUGAAGAUCACGAAACAGGGGAAUCGAAAGAAGAAGCAGAAACAGAGGAAUUGAACAAUAGAUGUGCGCAAUUUAUAAGGCAAAUGAGAGAAAGAAUGAAGUUGGAAUCAUCGAGUGAAUUAAACAAUUUAGUUUUGAUGCAGAAGCUAUAAUGUUUUUGGUUAAGUAGAGAAUUUUAUGCAUGUUUGUCACUAUGACACGUUUAAUAUCUAACCAUUUAGUGAAGUGGAGAAUUAUGAAAACUUGUGAGUAAUUCUCUAUUAAAAAAAUUGUCUCUUUUGUUUAUAACUAGUUUUUUCCCCGCCUGCGUUGCGGGGCACUAA